AUGGCGCCCUUGAGCUACAGGCAGCUAGAUCGCACCAGGAAGAGCAUUCGUCUUCUCACUGUAUUCCCUGGCGAUUUAGAUGAUCCAAUUCGAUGCGAGCUCACACUUGCUGAUCUCGAUAAGCAUCCUUCGUACAUUGCCCUCUCGUAUACUUGGGACCAAAGUGGUGGAUCUGGUGAGAUCCAAUGCUGUGGGGCUACCAUCCAAGUCGGCAAUAACCUCAAGGACUUCCUCCAUCGUUUCCGAGUAUGGGAUGAGGGUCGUGGAAAUCGAUUGUGGGUCGACGCAUUAUGUAUGUAUCCGUCACAGCGCUAA